GUGUCGCCUCGCACGCACUGCAACACAGCUGAGGGCGACACUGAUUCGCGACAAGGGUGGCAGACACAGACGCAGACCUGGCACGCGCUUCCGCCCGCUCCUCGCAGUGCGAAGAGACGACUCAGCGAGGCAAGUAGCAGGCAGCAGCAGCAGCAGCAGCAGCAGCCAUGCGACUGAGGAGCAGCAGAGCGCUAGAGGUGCAGCCAGGAGGACGAACAGGAGAUUGCACCACACUGACCGAACUCAACGACGACUGCCUGCUGCUGAUAUGCGAGCGGCUGUCGAUGGGCGACCAAUGGAGUCUCCUGCAACUGCAGGACGAGCGACUGGCAGGACUAGUGCUGCGUAUCUGGAGGCGCAAAUAUGCCCAGCACUUUGACUGGGCCCAGGAGCAGCAAUUAAGGCAUCUAAGCGCCAAGGAGCAGUGUCAGCUGCUGCAGCUGCUGAGUGCCAGGACGAGGGCGCUGCUCAACCUGAAUGGCAGCAGCGAUGGCUGUCGGCAGUGGCUCAAACGGAAGCGGAAGUGCACGGAACGACUGCAGCGGCUGAGCUUUGUGGAGAGCGGCGCCUGGCUGCUGCAUCGACUGCCCGCUGUGUGCCCCAAUUUGGUGCAACUGCAGCUGGGCGUGGGCGAGGGCGUGACACCUGAGGAUCUCCACUUGCUCUUUGGACAGCUGCCGCACUUGCGGCUGUUUGAGCUGCAGCCGGGUUGGAGCUGCCCCCGACCCUGGACGGGCAUCAAAUUCGGAGUCGCAUUGGAAUCCCUGAAGCUGCCUGCGUGUCUGGUGCGUGCCACGGCCAUGGAGAUAUUUCGACUGCCACGAUUGCGCUGCUUGACGGGUUUCCUCUGCCACAAGCACACGGAUGAUGACGAAGCAAAUGCAGCAAGCGCCACCAUCUCAUCCUGCCUCAAGGCAUCACAGGACAUGAGCGGCGGACCUGCUGCCUGUCAAAUUGUGGGACUCCAUUUGCAGUGUCAUCUCGAUGCCAGCCUCCUGCGUCUCUUGGCGGAGUCGGGCCCGGGGGACACCUUCCGUCUGCGUCGCUUUGCUUGGCACUCGCAGCUGACGGUGCACUAUGAUGUUGCGGAUGGUAGCAUCAAGUGGCUGCCCCAGCAGCCGCGACUGGCGCACGCCCUGCUCCCCUUUCUCGCCACCCAAGCGCAGAGUCUGCGUGAAUUGGAUUUCACGCGUAAUGUGCAUGCCACGCCCACAUUUCUGUCACUGCUGCGGGAGGGGGGUAGUGUCAGCCGUGAGGUUUCCAUUUGGCAUGAUGCCUGCCCCAGGAUGACAGCAACACGGACACCGCACACGGAUACGGAUGCGGAUGGAGAUACAAGAGAGGAUGCGGAUGCGGAUGGAGUGCAGACAAACGAUUUGGCCUUUGUCGCGCUGGAAGUGCAGCAUUUGUCUCAUGAACAACGGAAGCGGACACCGGAUGGGUGUCACAGAUGAGGCAGAGCAUGGCUAAGGCUAGCAAAUUGAAUGGGAACCUAUUUCCAGGGUGCUACAUCCCGUUGAAGUGCAUUUUAGGUAGGGGAAUGCAGCAAAAGAGUCGAAUAUUUCAUG